CUUAAAACUGUGAGACUCGGAGCGAGGCGCGGGAAGGGUGGUCACGUGGCCAGCCUCUGCUCUCGAUUUCUUUUCCUUUCAAGCGUAGCCUCCAAGUCGCCAUCUUGAGUUAGGGUUCUGGCGUGGACGGUGAAUCCUGCGCAGCGGCUCAUCUUGCAGGAAGACCAGACUUCUAGUGAUAGGGCGGAUAGCAUCCUCUCUUCACUCCCUUCCUCCUCAAACGAGACCAGCUCCUAGGGCAGGGUGCGCAGAAAGGGGAUCAAAAUUUAGAGUUCCUUUGCCCGGCUCCAAAAUGGUGGGCGGGCGGCGGGCCAGAAGUCGGGCCUGGCCUUGUAAGCUGCCACGUGCGGUUCGCUAGGGCGUUGCUGGGAUGGUGGAGGAGUCCAGCGGCUUGGAGAGGCAGGGGCGGAGCCACGGGCCGACGGAGUGUAGGUACUUUAGCGGGGGCGGGGGCUAGAGGAGCCGCAGUCGCAGCUUCUCUUUUCCACUCGCUAUCUUCUUCGCGAUGGCCUCCGUUCCUGAGCUGCUGAAGCAGGAGGAUGACCGGAGCAAGAUGAGAUCUGUGUCUGUGGACCUGAAUGUUGAUCCUUCACUCCAGAUUGAUAUCCCUGAUGCCCUCAGUGAAAGAGAUAAGGUCAAGUUUACAGUGCAUACAAAGACCACCCUGUCCGUUUUUCAGAGUCCAGAAUUUUCUGUUACAAGACAGCAUGAAGACUUUGUGUGGCUGCAUGACACCCUUAUUGAAACCGAAGAAUAUGCAGGACUCAUUAUACCACCGGCUCCUACAAAGCCUGACUUUGAUGGCCCCAGAGAAAAGAUGCAGAAAUUGGGCGAAGGGGAAGGCUCUAUGACAAAAGAAGAAUUUGCAAAAAUGAAGCAAGAACUAGAAGCGGAAUAUCUAGCUGUCUUUAAGAAGACUGUAUCAUCCCAUGAAGUUUUUCUUCAACGACUUUCUUCUCAUCCUGUCCUGAACAAAGAUCGCAACUUUCAUGUUUUCCUGGAAUAUGAUCAGGAUCUAAGCGUUAGGAGGAAAAACACCAAGGAGAUGUUUGGAGGCUUCUUUAAAAGUGUGGUGAAAAGUGCUGAUGAAGUCCUUUUUUCUGGAGUUAAGGAGGUAGAUGACUUCUUUGAUCAAGAGAAGAAUUUCCUCAUCAACUAUUACAAUAGGAUCAAGGAUUCAUGUGCAAAAGCUGACAGAAUGACCAGAUCUCAUAAAAAUGUUGCAGAUGACUAUAUCCACACUUCAGCCUGCUUGAAUAGCCUUGCUUUAGAAGAGCCAACUGUCAUCAAAAAAUAUUUACUGAAAGUUGCUGAGCUAUUUGAAAAGCUAAGGAAAGUGGAAGGUCGAGUGUCGUCAGAUGAAGAUUUAAAACUGACAGAGCUUCUCAGAUAUUAUAUGCUCAACAUAGAAGCUGCUAAGGAUCUCUUAUACAGACGCACAAAAGCCCUCAUUGACUAUGAAAACUCAAACAAAGCUCUGGACAAAGCCCGGUUAAAAAGCAAAGAUGUCAAGCUGGCUGAGGCACACCAGCAAGAAUGCUGUCAAAAAUUUGAACAGCUUUCUGAAUCUGCAAAAGAAGAACUAAUCAGUUUUAAACGGAAAAGAGUGGCAGCAUUUAGAAAAAACCUAAUUGAAAUGUCUGAACUGGAAAUAAAGCAUGCAAAAAAUAAUGUCUCCCUCUUGCAAAGCUGCAUUGACCUUUUCAAGAACAACUAAGUUGCCUUUACUCUGAAUGAACCUGAAUGAACUGAAGAUGAAUGUGAAAACCAGCAUCAAUUGCACUCAAUUUCAUUAGCCAUGGAAGAUUUAUUUUUACUUUUGACUAAAACUUUAGGUCUAAAAAUUUAUAUGAAUAAAUAUUUUGCCUUCUGA